AUGUCUUCCGCAUUCGAGUCGUCGAGGACGUCUGGCAUGCACAGGCAGUCCAUGCUCGUGCCGAGUCAGUCUAUCGCGGAUACGCUGCCCAACGCCAACUUUGGGUUCGAUGAGCUGCGCGACCGCAUGGCCAAGUUUAGCUCCAAAUUCGACGCCUUUAUCGAGCAGGGAAGGAAGCGUGUUCUCGAGGAGAGAAACCAAUUCCGCAUGGAUAUGGCUGAGCUGCAAGAAAACGAGCGCAUGAAGCGCAAGGACAUUGAAAUCCUCGAGCUCAAGUCGUCGACGUACCAGCAAACGAUUGCCAAAGAAAACGCCGAAGCGCGCGAGAUCCAGUCCGCCAUCGCGACGCUGGCUGACCAGCGCGACAAGCACCUAGACAAUCGCGACGCCCUCAAGGCGCAGAUCGCGGCGACGCAAAAGGAGAUUGAUGCGCGGCUGGCGGCGCAACGCGCGCACGCGCAGCAGCAGGAUGCCCAGGCACGCUUCAACGUGCCCGAGCUCGACUUUUGGGUGUCGAACCUCUGCCUCAAGAUCGAAGGGGCGGGGCUGACGGAUCACCUCAAGUUUGUCUAUACGCACAUUGACGAGAAGGACUGGGAGAAGGAAGCCUUUUUCGAGCUACUGACGGCGUCGAGAGACUACGACGUGGGCAAGUGCAAGCCCAAGUUAGAGAGGGAAAAGGUGGAAAAGGUGCUGGACCGGAUGAAUGAGACGAGAGAUCUCGCCGUCUUAUUAAAAGGGAUGAGGGAGUUGUUUGUCGAGGCAAUGAGGGCCGAGAAGGCCGUAGCCGACAAGCGCGCGGCGGCCCAGCAAGCCGUCGACAUUCUCCACGAGAUCUCCACCAUCCUCAACUGCCACCUCGAUGCUAGGACUAUAUCCAUCUGUAUCUCCAUGAUUGAAAACGGCGUCAACCCAGAGGCCCUCGCUACCGUGAUCAAGGAGCUGCGCCUUGAAGCACAAGAAGUGCAAAGGGACGUUGCCCUCGGUCGCCCUAGCUAA